AUGAACUCCGCCGGCGCGUUCUACCUGGCGCGACCGGCUUGGUACCCCGCGGUCCCCAUGCUGCCGCUGCCGCCGCCGUUCGGCGUCCCUGUCCACGCGGUGUGGGCGGACAACCUCGACGCCCAACUCGGCGCCGUCCAAUACUUCGCGGCGAGAGCGCGCUGCGUCGCCGUGACCGUUCAUUACCCCGGCGUCGUCCACGGCGCCAGCCAAGACCAAACUAUGCUCACCGCAGAGCAGCGGUACGCUAUUGUGAAGGCAAACGUGGACGCGCUCAAGCCGCUCCAGGUCGGCCUCUCCAUCUGCACCCACGACGGCCGGCUCGCCGCGUGGGAGUUCAACCUCUCCGGCUUCGACCCGGCCGUCGACCCCUACGCCGCGCACUCCGUCUCGUACCUCGCCUUCCGUGGCCUGGACGUCGACGCGCACCGCCUGAACGGCAUCCCCAUGACGAGGCUCACCACGGCGCUCCGUUUCUGCGGCUUGGUCUACCGCCCGGGGAUCUCGUGGACCACCUACGCCGGCGCCUACCACGUCGCGUACCUGAUGAAGGUCAUCUCCGGCGGUAAUAAACUUCCCGGCGACAUGGCCAGGUUCCUCGGCGCGGUGCGGCGGUGUCUCGGCGAGGUCUACGACGUCGCAAGGAUGGCCGGUGACUGCCAAGACAUGCCCGUGGGGCUGGAGCGCGUUGCUAGCAGACUCAGGCUGGCGCCACCUUUGUUCAGUUCUCAGCUCGCCGGGGCCGGCAGCGUGCUCGCUCUACAAGCGUUCAUGAUACUCAGAUGUCACGAGUUCCAAGGUGACUUGAACAGGCACAGAGGUGUGCUCCAAGGAUUGCAGGCUAUAUGA